UCAUCGAGGUCUGCAGUUUAAAAGCUGCACAUGAGCUGUGCACCGCUGUAGACUUUCUUAAAAUCUAAUAUAAACCACUUUCAAAUACUUUCAUAAAUGUGACUGCAAACUGACUCGAUAUUAAUCUGUAAUUAGUGCUUUGCUAGCAGAUCCUGAACGAUGGGUGCAAAGGUUUCAGUCAAGAAUGAGACUCCGUACACUUGGUACUACUCCAGAUCAAGUUCAAGGGGAUUUCAGGCCGUUAGCAGCGGCAGUAGGGCAGAGUAUGGUGAGAACAAGGCAAUCCAUUGCUAUAUCUACUUAAGAUAUGAAAAACACAGUUGGAAUACCUUUUCAUAUGAGUUCAACACCCAUAAAGGUGACCCUACAUUCACCUUACGGGAAAGCUAUGACCGCUCCUGCAUUCAACUGCACUGCAGCACUGAAAGAAAUGUUCCACAGUGUCCAAACUAUGACCCAAAAAAUCCCAGAAAGAGAAGAACAGAGCUGAGAGCCGCACAAUCUUCAGGUCCUAUGCUGAUAAAUGCUGGAUGUAGUAAGAAGUUCCACUGCAGUACUCAGGACUUAAGUAGAUUUUCGACCUGCGGCUUUUCUGUUUCUACUCAAGUUCUUUUGGGGAAGAUACUUUUACUUAAUCAUUUUAUGGGAGUAUCAAUACUUGUACUUGAGUGUGUAUUUAGGCUCCUCUAUCCACCUCUGAACCUGAUGAUGAACAGUGUGAGUGUUUGUUUUGAUGCUGCUUCAGUAGCUGCAGCCUCAGAUAGCAGUAUUUAUUAGCUAAUAUCUCUGAAAAACAUCAGGCUGUUGUUGCCAGUUCAUUCUCUAAAGACCACCACAGUUUGUUUUUUGUGAAAUUUGAUUUCUUUCCUUUUCUUCGGAUGGUGGAUUGUAAGGGCUAAAGUGGACUAAAUUACACACGUGGGUGUUUGUCUAUUGAUCUGAAGUUUUGCAGGGAUUCAAGCGCUCUGUUACUCCCACAUUCAAAGGCAUAUCCUUAUUUUAUUGCUUGUCUUUCAUUAUUUACAGCAGCUCGCAGUGCAGGACUGAUAUGAGCGUUUGUAAAGAGUAACAUGUUAAAGCAGCAGAUUGUGCAGACAGUACAGCAAAAUUGUGCACUGGAAAAAAAUGUUUUUGGGGUUGAAUUUCCUUCGUGAAUUAGCGCAGUUCAGUCGCUUGGUGAGGACCUGAAUUCGGGUGGAGUCACAUGUCAAAACCGAACUGAAGAAAAAUCCACACCAGGGCGGGUCUGAUAGCGCCUCCCAGCUGAAAUGCAGAUUUUGAAUGACUCUGCCGCUCAGUUUUACUCUGUCUUGUUGUGCUGGUCAGCGCUUCAUGCAGUUUAGGGAAAGAGGAGGUUUUUAUGUGCGCAUCCUGAACUCAGAAAGUAGUGCACUUUGAAAAGUGGUAGGUCAAAUGCCUGCUUGCCACUGUGGUUCCUUUUGUAUUCAUUACUUAUGUUAGUAAUUCAAUCCCAUGCAGUGUCCUUGUGCAAAACUGUCCUGUUACAUUUAUAAAGUGAUUACCAAAAAAUGCUAUUUUAUGUUUCUUAAUUUUUGUUCAAAUAUGAGGCACGUGAAAAUUACCAGACUUUUCAUCCUAAGACAUAAAAACCAGGCCAGAAUUAUUCCCGAAAGAGAUAGAAGUGUAGAAAAGAAAAGAAGAGAAGCACAGAACAGUAAACAGAAGUUUGUAUUAUUGCUGCUCCUCAUUCACUGGAACAUCUU